AUGGACAACGACGCUCCAUUUGAUGAGCGACCUGCUGCUCCUGUUGCCAACAGCAAAGUUGAAUCCCGUGAUGUGGAGAUGGACCAUGGCCUUCCAAUUGAUGAGCAACCUGCUCCACCAGUUAACAAUGCUAAACCGAAGGAUCAUUCAAUCAUGGAUACUAUCAUUGUUCACAAGGUCACUCCCGAUGUGGCGCAAGAGAGGAGGAAGUUACCACAGCAAGUAAGCAGUGCACGAGAAACAAGAACAAUAGAAGACCAAACUCAUCCUCCAGAACCUUUAGAGGCAGAACAACAACAACAACAACGAAGCAAUGAAGAAGAAAAAGAGGUUGAAACCACUGACAACUCGAGGAUAUGCAAUGGCAAAAAGCGAUGGAUUCUGAUUGCACUAGUUGUCAUUGUUAUUGUGGCAAUCCUCGGUGGAGCAUUGGGUGGUUCUUCCUCUACAAGAGCUGCAUUGGGCUUCCCAACCGAAGCUCCAACAUCCUUUCCAACAGGGUCCCCUUCUCAAGCUCCCACGUUUCCCCCCUCGGAAACUCCUUCUCAAGCACCCACCACCCUUCGAAGCAAAGUUGAAGGCAUCUUACGUGAUUAUGAACCUUUGGACGAGCAAACCAUGGAUUGGCUUCUCGAGACAAGCACCUGGGAACCAGACCCAGGAGAUCCAAACGGUGAUUAUCUAUGGUUGGAGCGAUAUGCCAUGGCUUUCUUGUACUUCUCCACGAAUGGUCCAAAUUGGGCCAUCAUCAACAGCAACAUCAAUAAUAACUGGUUGUCGGACGAAGCAGCUUGUACCUGGUUCUCUCUGGAACCCACCCUAGACUGCCCAGGACCAGUGACCAGUCUUGUUUUAAAAUUGAUCGGUUUGCAAGGUUCCUUGCCGUCGGCAUUGUUCGGCCUCAGUGCCUUGACCAAGCUAGAUCUUGCCAGGAAUCAAUUGACAGAGAGUAGCAUCCCCGACACUAUCCAGAAUCUGCAGAACCUUACAUUUCUAGACUUGGCUAGCACUGGCUUAUCAGGAAGUAUUCCAGCGACGAUUCAAAGUCUGACGAAUUUAGAGUAUUUGUACUUGAACGGCAACAGUUUGACCGGAUUCAUGCCCGGACAUCGAAGAAUGACAAACCUAAGAGUCCUUUCGUAUUGGGGAAAUCAACUCACUGGACCGAUCCCACGAUUUGGGAAUAAUAUGACCAACCUGGUAGACCUGCAACUUUAUGGCAAUCGAUUGGAUGGAAAUAUACCCGCAUCCAUUGGAAAUCUGAAUAGUCUUACAAGGCUAUCCUUGAAUACCAAUCGGCUAACUGGAAGCAUUCCAGAGACAGUUGUUCAGCUAAGCAACCUGGAAUGGUUGUCCUUGUACGAAAAUUUUCUGCAAGGUCCAGUGCCGAAGCUUCCCGACAAUCCAAACAUCGAAUUCAAUUGCUUUCUGGGUCAGUGUUAUUCCAAUCUGACCAAUGCGGUGGCAGCGCGGUGUAUCAUAUACAAUGGUUGUUGA